UUUGCGGAAGUAGUCACACUAUGAAGAGUGCAUGUGAAGUCAGAAGGAGGCACUGAGCUUUAGUCAAGUCUCGUGUUUAUUCUCAGAUAAGAUAAACGCACGCUUUGCAUUAUCGCAAACUAUUCUUUGUUCAUUCCGUCUUAGUUUUUGCCGACUGACCAAAUCUAAUCUUUUUUGUUAGUAUUGCACUCUAAUGAAGCCCGUCCGUCUAUGAGCAUGGCCCGACCUAUUCAGGUCUGCUGCCUCCUCUUUAGGUUUUCUGCUCCCUCUUUGGCUUCCCCCGUUUAUUUAAACGGCGUCAGGUUCUCCAGCAGAGGCAGCAGCAAAGUCUGGGUGGGACAGAACCAUGUGAGCGGAGACGGAACCAGACCACAAACGUCCAGAUUCAACGAUGACGUAGAGCCUGAGCUGGAGGGGCUGGAGGAUAAGCUCCAGGCUGUGCUGGACAAGGAGAAAAAGAGACAGCGAUCAGUGAAGUUUGAUAUGAUAAGAAGGAAAAUGACUCCACCAGGAGCCCCCCAGAGGAAACUAACGUGGGACGCUAUUGAGCAAAUAAGAUAUUUGAAGCAAGAGCAGCCAGAGGAGUGGACGAUCGAGCGCCUCGCUGAGGGCUUCUCUGUCCCCCAAGAUGUCGUCCUGAGGGUCCUGAAGAGCAAGUUUACUCCCUCUUCCAACAGAAAAGUCAAACAGGAUGCUAAAGUGAUGGUUAGACUCAGCCAGCAGGUGUUACCUUCUGAUAGCAGGAGGCAGGAGAACAAACUGAGGCUUCCUCAAAGUCAAACACCAGCUACACUCAUACCUAGACAGACAGAAGGUGCUCUGAUUUCUGAGACUGCUCCGGCUCAGGUGCUUCAAAGUAAAGGUUCAGCAUCUCUUGUUCCUGUUCAGCCUCCAAAGCUACCAGCUGGGACUUGCAAAGAGGCUAGAGUGAAGGGAUCAAUAGUAGACGGGGAUGGUUUUAGUACAAAGGAAACAGAGGAGGAUGAGGAGUGGGAGGAGAGCUGGGAUGGGCAGGUUCUGACAGAGGAGGACCUUGAGGAGAUUCUGGACAUGGAUAAACCCGCGCCUGUGGUGCAGGUGGGGAACGAUUUCUUUGAUGCAGAGGGAAACUUUUUGUAUAGAACCUGAGGACAGAAUGAGUUGAAAUGCUGAAUGAAGAUGAUUUGUACACUGAAAUUAAUGUAAUAAAUAAUUUUCUUAGAAAUGAUCAAAAUC